CCCACCUUCUCCGCCAGUGAAAUUUCAUCACAGCUUCUGCACCUUUUGGGCAGACGAGAAAAACAAAAAUAAGCAAAAGCUGGCAGGCUGACGCGAACGGGCAGCUUUACAGGACGGAUUAUCUGGUAACUGACCAUUUAGCUGUGGCACACUCGGACUCUGUGUUAAACGUGGGAUUUCAACCAUGAGCUCAGUCGCUGUACUUACGCAGGAAAGGUUUAAUGAGCACCGCAGUGGGCUCUUGCCAGAGCAGAGUGGUGCUGCGGUGGCAGGACCCAGUGGUGCAGGGGAUGAAGAUUCUCUCCCUACCUACAAAGAUGCCUUCCCCCCUCUGCCCGAGAAGGCAGCUUCACCCGAGGGAACGCAGGACUCGUCCAAUGCCUGGACAUCCAAGAUCCGUCCUCUCAAGUCUUCUAUUAUUACCCAGGUUUUCCAUGUGCCACUGGAAGAGCGCAAGUACAAGGACAUCAACCAGUUUGGUGAAGGAGACCAAGCAAAGGUCUGUGUGGAUAUCAUGCAUAAGACUGGAGCCCACCUGGAACUCUCCAUGGCUAAAGAUCAGGGCCUUUCAAUCAUGGUGUCUGGAAAGCUGGAUGCUGUGAUGAAAGCCCGCAAGGAGAUUGUGUCCCGACUGCAGACUCAGGCUUCAGCCACUGUCGCCAUCCCCAAGGAGCACCAUCGUUUUGUCAUUGGCAAAAAUGGGGAGAAGCUUCAGGAGCUAGAGCUCAAGACUGCCACCAAAAUCCAGAUCCCACGACCUGAUGAUGCCAGCAACCAGAUUAAGAUAUCUGGUACCAAGGAGGGCCUGGAGAAGGCAAAGCAUGAGAUCCUGUUGAUCUCUGCUGAGCAGGACAAACGUGCUGUGGAGAGAGUGAACAUUGACAAAGUGUACCACCCAUUCAUCACCGGUGCCUACAACAAGCUGGUUGGCGAGAUGAUGCAGGAGACUGGUGCCCGCAUUAACGUCCCUCCUCCCAGUGUGAACAAGACUGAGAUUGUCAUCACAGGGGAAAAGGAGCAGGUGGCCCUUGCUGUGGCUUUGAUCAAGAAAGUUUAUGAAGAAAAGAAAAAGAAUGCCACCACCAUUGCAGUAGAGGUUAAGAAGUCUCAGCACAAGUAUGUGAUUGGCCCAAAGGGAAACACCCUGCAAGAAAUCCUGGAGAGAACUGGUGUCUCGGUCGAGAUCCCACCCUCUGAUAGCAGCUCAGAAACUGUCAUCCUCCGUGGGGAGCCAGACCGGCUGGGUCAGGCCCUCACUGAAGUUUACGCCAAGGCCAACAGCUAUACUGUGUCCUCGGUCUCAGCUCCUUCCUGGCUUCAUCGGUUCAUUAUUGGCAAGAAGGGGCAGAACUUGGCCAAGAUUACCCAACAAAUGCCGAAGGUGCACAUCGAGUUCACUGAGGGAGAGGAUAAGAUCACCUUGGAAGGUCCUACCAAAGACUUGCAGAUGGUGCAGAGCCAGAUUGAAGCCAUUGUUACAGAUCUGGUAAAUCGUAUGGAUUAUGCAGAAAUUAGUGUGGAUCCCAAAUUCCACAGACACCUUAUUGGGAAAGGUGGUGUUAACAUCAACCGCAUCAAGGAGCUGCACAAGGUGACUGUCCGCAUACCCCCUGACAAUGAGAAAAGCAACCUCAUCCGCAUUGAGGGGGAUCCACAGGGUGUGCAGGAAGCCAAGAAGGAGCUGCUCGAGCUUGCAUCACGCAUGGAGAAUGAGCGUACAAAGGACCUGAUCAUUGAACAGCGUUUUCACAGAGCCAUCAUCGGGCAAAAAGGAGAGAAGAUAAAAGAAGUGCGUGACAAAUUUCCUGAGGUCAUCAUCAACUUCCCUGACCCAGCACAAAAAAGUGACAUUGUUCAGCUUCGUGGACCACGCACCGAAGUGGAGAAAUGCUCAAAGUUUAUGCAGAAGAUAGUGGCUGAAAUGGUGGAGAACAGCUUUUCAGUCUCAGUUCCAAUCUUCAAGCAGUUUCACAAGAACAUAAUUGGAAAAGGAGGCGCAAAUAUCAAGAAAAUUAGGGAGGAAACUAACACCAAAAUUGAUCUGCCUGCUGAGAAUAGUAAUUCCGAGAUGAUUGUCAUCACCGGCAAGAAGAUAAACUGUGAGGCUGCGAGAAGCCGCAUUUUGGCAAUUCAGAAGGAGCUGGCAAAUAUCACAGAGAUGGAGGUGUCCAUUCCCUCUAAGCUCCACAACUCUUUAAUUGGUUCAAAGGGUCGCCUUGUGCGCUCCAUCAUGGAGGAGUGUGGUGGUGUGCACAUCCACUUCCCCACUGAAGGCUCUGGUAUUGAUAAGGUUACAAUCCGAGGCCCUGCCGAGGAGGUGGAAAAAGCUAAGCAGCAACUGCUUGCCUUGGCCGAGGAGAAGCAAAUAAAGAGUCAUACCGCUGAACUGCGUGCCAAGCCAGAGUACCACAAGUUCCUCAUUGGGAAGGGUGGUGGAAACAUUCGUAAAGUGCGUGAUAGCACUGGUGCCAGGAUCAUCUUCCCCACUGCUGAGGACCAAGACCAGGAGUUGAUCACUGUGGUUGGCACAGAAGAGGCAGUGCGUGAGGCCCAGAAGGAGCUGGAGGAACUUAUAAAGAGUUUGGAUAAUGUCGUUGAGGAUCUAAUGAAUGUUGAUCCCAAGCACCAUCGCUACUUUGUGGCUCGCCGUGGCCAAGUCCUCAGAGACAUUGCUGAUGAGUAUGGUGGUGUGAUGGUGAGCUUCCCCCGCACUGGUUCUCAGAGCGACAAGGUCACACUCAAGGGAGCCAAAGAGUGUGUUGAGGCAGCCAAAAAACGUAUGCAGGAGAUUGUUGAGGAUUUGGAUGCUCAAGUGACCAUUGAGUGUGUCAUUGCUCAGAAGUUCCACCGUUCCAUUAUGGGUCCGAAGGGCUCACGCAUUCAGCAGAUCACCAGAGAUCACAAUGUGCAAAUCAAGUUCCCUGAACGUGAGGACACCCAAGCUGCUCCCCCGGCAGAGCCUCCUGUACAGGAGAAUGGAGAACCCAAUGGAGAAGUGAAGGAACCUGUGGAUGCGACUGCACCUAAGAAGUGUGACGUGAUUGUGCUGUCUGGUCGCAAGGAGCGCUGUGAGGCUGCCGUGGAGGCAUUGAAGGCCUUGGUUCCUCUCACUAUUGACGUAGAAGUGCCUUUUGAGCUUCAUCGUUACAUCAUUGGACAGAAAGGAACUGGAAUUCGUAAGAUGAUGGAUGAAUUUGAGGUUAAUAUUCAAGUGCCUGCUCCUGAGCUGCAGUCAGAUAUAAUCUCCAUCACUGGCUUGGCCAAUCACCUUGACCGCGCCAGAGAAGGUCUCCUGGAGCGCGUCAAAGAGCUGCAGGCUGAGCAAGAGGAUCGGGCACUCAGGAGCUUCAAGUUGACCAUCACUGUGGAUCCCAAGUAUCACCCUAAGAUCAUUGGCCGCAAAGGUGCCAUUAUCACCAACAUCCGCACUGAACAUGACGUUAACAUCCAGUUUCCUGAGAAGAAUGAUGAGAACCAGGAUCAGAUCACCAUUACUGGGUAUGAGCACAAAGCCCUAGCUGCACGGGGUGCAAUCCAGGCUCUUGUGGAUGAGCUGGAGGAGAUGAUCUCUGAGGAAAUCACCCUGGACAGCAGGGUCCAUGCUCGCAUUAUUGGAGCCCGUGGCAAGGGCAUUCGUAAGAUCAUGGAUGAAUUCAAGGUUGAUCUCAGGUUCCCCCAGAGUGGCGCUGCAGACCCAAACCUUGUGAUUGUCACCGGUCGUCCCGAGCUUGUGGAUGAAGCCAUUGACCAUCUCCUUAACCUGGAAGAGGAAUAUAUGGCAGAUGUUGUUGAGAGCGAGGCAAAGAUGGCUUUCAUGAGGCCUUCUGGAAGUAGUGCUUCUGCCUUGGAUGAGCCACGUGGCCCAUCAAAAGGGUUUGUGGUGAGGGAGGCUCCCUGGACCACUGGCAGUGAGAAGGCCCCAGAUAUGAGCAGUUCUGAAGACUUCCCCAGCUUUGGUGCUCCAGUAGCAACAAAGGCAUCCCCUUGGGGACCCAAGCGCUUCUAAGCUGUGCUGCUACAAACGGGCCUCAACUCAACCUGACACAAUCUUCCCCAUCAUUGUUACCCCGUUGACCUGGACUGACCGCUGACCCCAAGUACUCAGUUCUGAGAAUGUCUUGCCUCUCUCUCUACUUAUCCUGGUCUGCCUUUGCAGAUUCAUCAAAGUAUGAAGUGCUUUUGGAAACUGUAUUUGACCUGUGAGCUUUGUAUCUUUAUUCAUCAAUACUGUCUUCUGCAAAAAACAAGGUAUUGUGAGAUGUUGCGGUUUAGUCUAUACAGUCAGAGACCCAAGUUUAAAUGUUGCUAGACCUAACAUUUCAUUGUGGUUUGAAUUGUUAUACCAAAUUCAAAAGGUGGCCAGAGAACUUCGCACAGUUUCUUAAAUUUACUGAGCUGCCCUCCUUAGUUGCCUUUGCAGGGUGGGGCAAAGGGGUGAAACUAUUGCUGAUGACAUGUUCAAACAUGAUGACCUGUGUGGUAGCCAGCUGUUUCAGUAACCCUCUCCCCUCCUGCUUCUCUCAUGUAGCUGAGUAAAAUUUGCCAGUUGUUAGCCUUGAAGCACAUCUUAUUGAUCAUCUCCUGCCACAUUCAUUUUCCAUUUGCUUGCAACUGUGCUUCUGUGAAUAUGGUCAAGUAGUGGCAUGUACCUUGCAGCCUUAUGAAUUGGUAAAAUUAAAUUGAAAAGGCCUCAGCCACUGCAGAAUGGCAAAUGCUCAAACUGCCAGAUGCUUUGGAGAUCAUGCCGGACCUGUACAGUUUCUUAUAACACUAGACUCAGAGCUCCAAUGUAUCCAACCUCACACUAACUGUUGAGCCUUUUCCACGCUUUUUGACACGUUACCUAGCCAUCUGAUCAUGUUUGAGCAAAAGAGCAGACCACCCUGUGCCAGUUAUCUGUCUAGUGAUGUCCUGUGUUACUCAUCCUUGGUAUUGGGUCAGUGUCCAGUCCCUUUUGUCUUCCAGUUGCUAUGCAGAUUGUUCUGUUUCAACAUAGCAAUGGCCCUUUUUAUCAGCCUUAUUGCUAGAAUGAUACAAACCAGGUAAGGUGAUGUCACAGUGCAUUUUUCCCCCCUUUGGAGAAAACUGGAAGGCAUUAAUAUCGUUUCCUUAAAAGCUUUUGGAACUUUUGCCCCAGUUGCAGUUUGUUUCGUUCUCCGAAUGUCUCACUUUUGCUUGAGUGCAGAUUUAGCAUGCUAGCUGCUAUUUCAAGAUCUAGCGUCAGCUUACCAUGGUUUUGAUCAUUCUAGCCUUGUAUGAAAGAUUAUGCAAAUACCAUAGAGAACGAUUAUGGAUGACACUGGAAAAGAAAUUGUCCAAAAAGUCAAUAAAAAUUGAAAACAA